UUCUGAGUUUUUGUUUUGAUUUCACGUCCAGUUUGGCAGAGUGUUUAUCGCGUUAUUAUCGUAUUUUGUAUCGCAAAUUCUUCAAAAGAAAAUGAGAUUUCCUCCAACUUAGGUGGGCUUCCCGAGAUACAAAUCUAACGGUAAAUCUUAGAUUUCAUCCCGGUCAAAAUGAUAGCAGUAAGUAGCGAGAGUUUUCCAUGCCCGAGCUGUAAUCGAAAUCGUCGUUCGUCCAAAAGCCGCACUAAUCACUGAAAGCGGCCAACAGUUGCUAUGCGAUUCUGCUUCCUGCCACGACUGACCGGAACAGUCCGGCUUCGGUGUUGCUGCUUGGUAACCAUCCUGGCACUCAUCACUUUAUCCUACUAUCUGAUAGCAGAUUUGAUAUUAACGCACACAUCCAACACCAAAUGCGCAAAAUGCUACGAACCCAUCGACGUGGUUUACACGUGGGUCAAUGGAAGCGACCAGCGAUUCCUGGAUCAGCUGAAACUCUACUCUCUGGUUAGGGACAAAGCUCGCUACGACGACAAAAACGAACUCAAAUACUCGUUGCGUUCGCUUGAGAAGUUUGCGCCCUGGGUCAGAAAAGUCUACAUUGUAACCAACGGGCAGAUUCCAUUUUGGCUCAAUCUGGACAAUCCGAGGGUGCAAAUUGUCCAGCAUGCUGAUAUAGCGGAUGAGGACGCCGUGCUGCCAACGUUUUCCAGCGCGACCAUUGAGACGUUCAUUCACAAAAUUCCGGGACUUUCGAAGAACUUUCUAUAUCUGAAUGAUGAUAUAUUUCUGGGCGCUGCGCUGUUCCCAGAUGAUCUGAUUACGCUUUCCGAGGGGGUGAAGGUUUUCACAGCUUGGCAGGUUCCGGACUGUGCGCCAGAUUGCCCUUGGAUGUUUGUCGGCGAUGGAUCCUGCGAUAGCCAUUGCUAUGUGGAGGAGUGCCAAUUCGAUGGCGGAGAUUGUGACCAUCCGGACUAUCAGAACCAUAUGCACGAGAUGGAAGACUACAACAUGUCCCCGGAGGAAGGCGAAGAUACGUUUAUCGAUGUGCCGAAGACGUUUCCCAAAAAUGGGAAAAAGUCGGAUAACAUAAGGGACAUCUAUGAGAUGUUUAAACGAUCCAAUGGUUCUUCCACAAAGCAGCUGGUCGAAAAGUUCAACAAGGAAAAGCUUAAAAGCAAUAAGUCGAGCGCAAAGAAAGGUUCCGCUCAGGAUCAUGACCGGGAGCUGAAAAGCGAAGAGAAGAUGUCCAAUUCGCAGGAUAUCUUUGCGCAUUCGCUGAUUCAUACGAACAAGAUGUUCAACCAGGUGUACGGGUUCAAAAACAGGAAAGUCCUAGCUCACGUUGGAUUCCUGCUAAACGUGAACAUCAUAGAGGCUAUGCUGAUUCGAUUCAGGAGGGAAUUUUCCGUUACCAAAAGCCAUCGAUUUCGGGAGAAGAACGAUCUCCAGUACGCCUUCACGUACUACCAUUUUCUGAUGAGCGAAAGCAGGAACAAGAGCGUUUCGGAGAUAUUCGAUGAUUUCGAUACGGAUGGGUCUGGCACUUGGUCAGAUCGCGAGAUUCGAACACUGCUCACGAAAAUCUACAACCUGCCGCUGGAUUGGUCGGCAGUGCGGUACUUUGAGGAGGUCGUUACCAAUUGCUCCCUGCAGCAGAAUAACUUCGUGCCGCUGGAGCACCAGGAAGAGCAGAGGCUAGUUUACCCAACCCUGGUGUAUGAACGAUACGAAGACUCUACUAUUCCCACGGUCACGAAAAGUCUGGUAUUGGCAUGCCGCGAGCUGACGGACAUGAUGAAGAUGAAUUUCGCCCAAACUCCACUGUACAAAUAUCACGUUAAUCAAAAGACGGGAAUCUACAGCAACUUCAAGAUGCUGACUUCAAACAUCACGCAGGUCGUCGAUGCUUUGGAUGAGCUGCGCAAGAAUCCCAAGAAGUUCAAUUGCAUCAAUGACAACCUCUCGGAAGACAGUUCCGAGGAGAAUCAACUGAUCUCAGCUCUCCUGGAAGAUUUCUACCUCUCGCUCUUUCCGGUCCGAAGCCAGUUUGAGUUGGAAAACAACUAUCGCAAUAGAUUUCAAUACUACGACGAUUAUCGGGCUUGGUUUGCCCGGAAGACAAUGGUCCGAAACGGAGUAUACGCUUUUUGCCUGCUAGCUUUCUUCAUUUGCGUUAAAAUUCUCUGCUUCCGACAUAAAGGCAAAUUCGCCCGAACUCUGGUGUUCCUUAGCAGUCGAACCGAUUACAGUACCAUAUGACGACGAUUGCGCAAUUGAUUGGAGAAAUAAGUUAUAGUUUCGUUUUACAAUUAUUUAUUUGAACACGAAAAGAUAAAACCUUACACUGAAAUAAACUCUUCAAUGAACAAACAA